CAAAUCAUCAUUCUUUAAUUUCCUUCUUGAAAAGAGAAAUUGAAAUACAUUUCUCUUUCUUUUCGGACAUAAAUAUGGGCGCUUGUACUAGUUUUCCAAAGGGCAUGAAAGGUCAACCUGGUAAGGCACCAACACCAGCACCCGAACCUGCCAAGGAUGAAUCCUUUAAAGAUGCAUCUGAAGAGACCUUUAAGGAUGUGGAAACUGAAGAAGAGAAAAAGAAUGAUGAUGAGACCAAACAAGAUUCUGUUAGUGGUUUACUAAAUGUGGUUGGUGAGAUGAAAGAAGCAUCUGAGGAAAAGAAUACCGAGGAAGAAGUUCAAAAAAUUCCAAAGGAAAAUGAACAAAACAGUGAGAAGGCACCCAUUACACCAAAAAAUAUUUUAGAAGACAAAGAGAAAGAGGAAAAGGAAGACAAAGAAAAAGAGAAAGAAAACCAGGAAAAGGAUAAAAAGGAGGAGGAUAAUCAAACCUUAGUUGCAAAGGAGCGUUGAAGAGAUAAGUUAUGGAGAUUGUUGAUUGUAGAGGAUUAAAUGUUUUUCUCCGAGGCUUUUCUGUCUUCAUAUUUUGAAAAAUGAUUUAUUUCGGCUUUAAUUUCCUUGGUA